AUGAACCAGAGCCAGAGGAGGGGCCGGUAUGAUGCCGUUGCCGCCGCCACUGCACAAUUUUACAACACCACUGGUACCGUCCCAUCCAGUCUUCAACUAGCUAGUGAUCUUUCCUAUCUUUUAACUUCGCAACCCAGCUCUACUAUUGCUGUCAUUGAUAUCCCACCUGCCGUCAGUGAACGUGAUCUCAUUGGUUUAUUCUCAAGAUUUGGCCCGGUUUCUAAUGUUCAAAAGAUCAGAGAUGGACAAGUCGCUCUCGUUGAGUUUUCGGAAAUAUCUUCACCCACUCGCCUCGUG